CAUUUAAUCGUGAUUGUCAAUUUCUGCACAGCUCCAUGUUUUUGAAGUUUCUGUAAAUUUAUUUUCUAACAGGUAUUGUAACAGCCAGACAACUCUCAAAGAUGUGGCCACACAUAUUUCUGUUGUUAAUCACAUCAAUAGCCAAUGGCGAUGAGCAAUGCCCCUGGGGAAAAUAUGGCGAUAACUGCGACAAGAUCUGCCCUUUGACCUGUAACACACACCCUGUGAGAAACCUCCGGCACUGUCUAAAGUACACUGGGAAGUGUUCUGAGGGGUGCGUUCCAGGAGAUCAUGGCGAUCAGUGUAAUAUUCUUUGCAGCGGAGGCUGUCUGCACAAAACCUGCAUUCAAGGAAACGCACAAUGCACACAAGGCUGCAGUGGUGCAUACAGCGGUGAUUAUUGCAACAUAACUUCAGUAGACGCAUCUACGAAAGGUCCUAUUGACUCAACCACGAACGGUCCUAUCGAAACCACCACAACACAACCCACGCAUCUUCCUGUGAUUCUUGUCUCUGUGUUCAUCGUCAUCGUCGUCGUCGCUAUCAUCCUUGCUGUGGUGGUGCUCAAACUAAGGAGGAACAAGUCGAGAAGAAAACGGAAAGGGGGGCGUUCAGAUAACAGUCCUGCUGAAGAUGUGCGCUUGAUUGAGCAGCAGCCUGAAGCAGGUCAGUGCACAUCGCCAAGGGAUGAGGAGAUUCAGGAGAUGAGCCAUUCAGACGGAGAUAAACUACCAAACGAUCUGCCAUACCAGAUGAAGGAUAUCAAAGAUCUAUUCAUUGAAACUGAGAGUUUCAACUUAGUGAAAGAGAAGCUGAAGACGUUUGGCCAUGUCACAAUAAGUGGUGCUCCAGGAUCUGGUAAAACAUCCAUGGCCCUGAUGCUGGGAGCUGAAUACAGGAGGCAGGGGUAUGAGCUGGUACUGUUUGAGGAUGUUGGGACUGUUCAGUUGUCUGAUUGCCUAGGUCGGGGCAAGGACGUGUGUGUCAUAUUCGAUGACAUAUUUCAGAAGGGUGGAUCUAUGGAUGUGCAUCGCCUGAGACAGGUUCUCUAUGAGCUCCAUGGGCACCUGGAACAGUGGAAAACCAAGCUGGAAACAAGCUACCACACUCUCCAGCAAACACGAGGAGUGGACCAGAGGAGGACCGACAAUCCAAACAUGUAUGUUAUAUUCACCACAGAUAGCAACAACCUUGAAUGUGCAAUGUCAAAACUUGAAGGCCAUAUAUUUUUCCAAAACUCUUCAGUGGUAGACUUGACAAAAUCAAAUAAAAAAUGGAAGAGAAGAAGGCCAUAUGGUUCAAACACAAAAGUCACUAUAAAUGUGAAACUGACGUUGAUGUGA